AUGGUGGCUAGAUUAUUCCAUGUAUCACGGGAAGAGUCAGUGGAAGCAACAAAGUUGACAAAGGAGGGAGAUAAGGAAGCAAAAGGGCAUUUCGGAGUAAGUGAUCUUGUCGAGUCCAGAGUGUACGGGCAGGAUCAGUUUCAGGAUACGAAGGCUUCGAAAAAUCAUGUAAAGAAAAAUAGAUUGGCAAAGUUUGUGUUCGGCGUGGACUAUCGAUAUCAGUUGAAACCGGCUAUUCCUUCAACAUAUUUUGGAAACUAUGCAAUAGGUCGUCCGGCAAUUGUAGAAACAAAAGAUCUUCUUGGGGAAGAUGGGAUAUUAUCAGCCUUGGACGGAAUAAGCGAAGCUAUAGCAAGUUUGGACGAUGGGCUUCUUGAUGGGGUAGAUAGUUGGGCUUCGUUAAUCAAUUCUAAGGAGCCCGAUGAGAUCCCACCAACUGCUUGUAUUGCAUGGUCACCUCAGUUUCAAGUAUACAAUACUGAUUUAGGAUGGGGAGCAAUUAAGAAGUUUGAAAUGACUUCUAUAGGUAGAACGGGAGCGAUCUGUAUGUCUGAUAGCAAGGAUGGCAAUGGAGGAUUUGAGAUUGGAAUGGUCUCGCAGAUGAAAAAGAUUGAAGCAUUUGCUUCUUCUUUUGCUAAAGGUCUUAAAGCCCUUUGCAAUGUGAAGCAAUCCAAUUCUAGAGCUAUAGUGGAAUUCGGGUAA